AUGAAAUUUCAGGUCACGCGGUCUACCCAGGACUUACUGGUCGAGCUCGAGAUGGCUAAGAGCCGGAAAGCCCGCGGCAAGCGCCUAGCUACUAGAAAGAGCAAGGCUUCACCGAAGCAGGAGGAUACCACGACGACAACAUGUCAAGUUCCCUCUGCGACAAAGGCACAUCGCGCCUCAAGCUAUCGGAUGCCGUUGUCUAUCCUCGCUCAUCCCGUCGAAGACUUUCCAGCACCAAACCAGCUUCAACUUGCAGCUUUGCAGUAUCGUCAGGAUCCACCUUGUCCUGAACAUGCUGCUAAGAAGAGCAGCACUUCCUUGGUGCAUGAAACCGCGACCACCACAACUCAGAUCCCUUCCACGCCAGACGCGGCUGGCUCCCCCAUCUAUCGGCUGCCGUUAUCUAGUAUCAAUCACCCCGUCGAAGACUUCGAAAACCUAGCACCGCUUGUGCGUAAUUCUUCGCAGCAUCCCCAGGAGACGCCUGCCUUCGAUUACACUGCUAAGUUUCUUGAUUCGGUGCGAAACACUGCCGAUACUGUUCAUGCUUUGAUUGAGUUGAAGAAAAUCGUUUCCUUGCCAUCAAACAUCAGCACAGAGUCUGAUCCUGGAGAGUUUCUUGAAGCUGGCGUUGAGGUGUUUCGCAAUGCUGUUGAUGCUGCAUCCUACCAGUUCGCUAGCGGUCAAGAUCCUAUUCCAGAGAGUCACUAUGAUGCAGUUACUACCACCUUGGCCGGUAGCUCUCACGGCCAUAAGGGCUUUGCAGCAUGGCGUGAUGCUGAGGAGCAAGAGACAGUCGACGCCGAGAUGCUUGACGCAUGGACUUUAGGCCCUCCCGUUGUUGUCACUGACAACUCCAGUUUAGCCCCAGAACUCCAGACUGAACAGCUCAAAACUACGACUACGCAUUCCGCAGCACAGGAGCAGAAACCCGAUAGCGCCCUUGAACAGGCCAAGGGCCAUUCAUCUGCCGGUGAUACGCGCAAGACUAUCAACAUCCAGACACAAGACGGUAAGCUAGAUGAUGCAAACCACGGUAUCUCCUCAGAUCCAGAGACGAGGCUCGAAGCCAUUGGCAUACAUAGCUUCCCCGUCACGCCCGUCUUCCCUGUCAUCGAUGUGGAUCAUUCAUCUCCGACUUCUAGUAGGUCAUCGGUUCAUGACACGCCCGAGAAACAUGAGAAGAUUGAUGUCGACCAAGAUGGAAAAUACAUGGGACAGAAGUAUUACAACCGCCAUCGGAAGGAGUGGAAGGCUUCUCAUUCCGUAACCUUCCAACCUGGUAGCGCUAUUGAGCGUCUCGGUCCGAGCAUCAUGUUCAAGUUCUUUAGUGGGAUGUUAGAGUAG